CAUAGACUGCGAGAAAAACGGAGAAGCGUCCGUCGUGCGAAAGUGUUGUGUUUUGUGAAAAGAGUGUCCCAGAAAAAGUGGUAAAUUUCCCAGGAAAUGGUCUCGCUCGGACCGAAAAAGGACGGCAGUCCGAAUGCCGAGUUCUUCACGGCCCCGGAGUCGCUGCAGGGGUUCGAAACCGUGCGACAAUGGCUGCAGAAAAACUUCAAAAAGUAUCUGGCACCUGAUCCUCCGACGAAGGAAUCGUUAGCGCAAUUGAUUAUCCAGUUUGUGCAGUACCAGGAGACCAAGCUAGGAAAGAAUGCACAGGACCCACCCACCACUCGAUUGCCGAUGCGAUGUUUCAUGGACUUCAAACCGGGCGGAGCGCUCUGCCACAUUCUGGCCACAAUGUACCGCUAUAAAGCCGAACAGCGCUGGCGAAAGUUCGACUUCACGGUGAACAAGAACCCGAUGCGUAAGGACCCCAUUAUUCAAAUGCUGCUGGACAUGGAAACGGCCCUCAUCGAGGCCGAAUGCAUGCGUCUGCCGAUUGUGUACGUGCGCCCGGAGGUGGACAAGGGCACGGCCAACCGGAUAACGGACAUUGUCACGAACCAUCAGGGCGAGAUGACGCUGGACGAGGAGGAAGCGACGCACAUAAUCUAUCCGGCGGUGGAUCCUCUGCCGGAGGAUUACGCUCGGCCAACAUUCCGGCGCGAUAAGCACGUGAUGAUCCAUUGGUAUUACUUCCCGGAGUCGUACGACACCUGGGUGCCCAACACGUUUGAUUUACCGGAUAAUGUCCCUGAUUCUCCUAUGUCCCCGGGAGAUCGUUGGCGGGUGUCUCUUUCCUGGGUUACAGAUCUGGACGAAUACAACGAAUGGAUGGCAGAAGAGGACUACGAAGUAGAUGAAGAUGGACGCAAGAAGGUGCAUAAAUUGCGCCUUGGAGUAGAAGAUCUGAUGUCCGGAGUGGACGAUAAAAUUAAGAAAUCGAAAGUUGUGCACCAGAAGCGCAAACGGUCCCCUUCGCCUCCACUCAAGGGAGGAAAGCGGAAAAGUGGCCGAUCACCGGCCGUUUUCCAGAAAAAGCCCCGUGCAGAUGAUGAAGAAUCGGAAGACAUGACGAAGGAUAUGGACGAUCCGCAACCGGAAACGAAUCUUACCGAAGUGAAAGCCAGUUCAAGCAAUUCUACUUCAGGUCCGGCCACUCCGCAACCAAAGCGUGAUCCUGAAAUGAUGCCCAUUAAAUAUGCUACCAUGACCGAUCUGGAUGAGGAAAUCGACAGGGCCAAUGCAGAUCGUGCUGGAGACGACAGCCAGGCCGGCAAGACCAGCGAUAACAGUAACACCCAAGAAUUUCCGCACGGAAAAGACGAUCUCGAGGACAAUGUUACUGAACAAACGCAUCACAUCAUUGUACCGUCGUAUUCGGCAUGGUUCGAUUACAAUUCCAUCCAUGUAGUUGAGAAACGAGCCCUUCAGUUCUUCAAUGGAAAGAAUAAAUCGAAAACUCCGGAAAUCUUUUUGGCUUACCGCAAUUUCAUGAUCGACACUUACAGGCUGAAUCCAACUGAAUAUCUUACCAGCACCGCCUGUCGACGGAAUUUGGCUGGCGAUGUUUGCGCUAUAAUGCGGGUUCACGCGUUCCUCGAGCAGUGGGGCUUGAUCAAUUAUCAAAUCGAUGCUGAUUCGCGUCCAACUCCCAUGGGCCCUCCACCCACUUCCCAUUUCCAUGUUCUGAGCGAUACUCCAUCAGGUCUGCAACCUCUAAAUCCUCCCAAAACAGCGCAGCCAUCGGCUGCAAAGAAUCUCCUUGAUUGGACAAGAAAACCGACAAAGGAUGAUCCUGCCACUCCAGGAACACCGGCCGCUGCUGCAACGCCAGCGGACGGAAUCAAAACCGAGGCUGGAGCAGUCGCUGCCGAUCCAAACGGUCAAUUUGGGCUUCGUUUGGAUCAGUACGCCAAGAAACCGUCUGCAAUGCGGAACAAGACCGCCGCAAGCAUGUCUCGAGAUUGGACCGAACAGGAGACACUCCUACUGUUGGAGGGGCUGGAAAUGUACAAGGACGAUUGGAACAAAGUGUGCGAGCAUGUGGGAUCACGCACCCAGGAUGAGUGCAUUCUCCAUUUGAGACUGCCCAUCGAAGAUCCCUACCUGGAGGAUGAUAAUACCUAUCUGGGGCCACUGUCCUACCAGCAUCCAUUCAGCAAAGCUGGCAAUCCAAUCAUGUCGACUGUUGCCUUCUUGGCUUCGGUGGUUGACCCGAGGAUUGCUGCAAGUGCUGCCAAGGCCGCUAUGGAGGAGUUUGCUGCAAUUAAGGACGAAGUUCCGGCCACGAUGAUGGAUCCCCAUCUGAAGAAUGUUGAAAAGUCGAGCUUCGGAGGAAAGUUCGACCCCUACGCUGGAUUGGCAACUAGUGGCAUUGCUGGAACCGGUCCGGAUAAGGACAAGGACGAAGAGGAAGGUAAAUUGCCGGGAUCUGUUGGCACUCCGGGUGUUCCCGCAACUCCCGGGUCCACCGACGUGGAGAUGAAGGACGUCUCCAAGAAGGAUGACGGUGAGUUUGGCUUGAGGAAGCGAUCAGCAGAAACCGAUGGCGGUACAGAUGCUGACAAGAACAAGGAAUCUUCAUCGGAAUUGACCAAGGAGAAUGGCGAUCCGAAGGUAUUUAACGAAGGAAAUCUUCAAUCAGCUGCAGCUGCUGCUUUGGCCGCGGCUGCCGUCAAGGCUAAACAUUUGGCCGCCGUUGAGGAAAGAAAAAUUAAAAGCUUAGUCGCAUUGCUAGUUGAGACGCAAAUGAAGAAACUAGAAAUUAAGCUGCGACACUUUGAAGAGCUCGAAACGACAAUGGAACGUGAGCGCGAAGGUUUGGAAUAUCAACGGCAACAGUUGAUCCAAGAACGUCAACAGUUCCAUUUGGAACAACUCAAGGCGGCCGAAUUCCGAGCAAGGCAGCAGGCUCAUCAGCGAUUCCAACUAGAACAAGGACAAUGGCAGCAACCUGCAGGUGGCGCUUCACAGCAGCAACUUCCCCAAGGAGCCACUCAAGGCCCGCCCGGACCAGGCCAGGCCCCUGGAACUAACUCUCAGCAGCAGCCACCAGUGCCAUCUACCGGUGGACAUCCUGGAGCUCCAGCCCCGCCGAGCAGCGCCAGCACACCCAGCAGCAACGGAAUCAUCUCUGCUCCUCCUACUACGAUGCCUACAGACGGUUCUACCCCAAAUAACGUUAUGCCUCCGACGGCGCCUGGUCAACCGCCGUCCUCGCAGCAUACGUCGGUUCCACCCCAACAACCUCCAAACAAUGCCACCCCACCCGGGCCAUCCCGCAAGUGGUGCACCAAUGCCUGGAGGUCCGCCUGGUGGUCCCCAUCAGCCACCACAUCAUCCUCCGCCUCAGCAGCAACCACCCCUUCCCCCACAACAGGCUCCUCUGCCACCUACACAAGGGCCACCUCCACCGGUUCAGGCAGGACCAGGAGGCGCUCCAAUGCCCGGACCCCCUCAGGGACCCCCCGGGCCGCCGCCUACCAGCGGGCCUAUCCCUCCACCUCUUAAAUCCUUAGAUUAGGCACCCAUUGUGGCACAAAGGCUUUUAUGGAAGUAGACGAUUGACAUAAUUUAGGUUCCCGCCACUUUGUGUGCAAGCAAGCCUCCGUUCCCUUAGUAGGACAUAUAUUUAUCAAUUUCUGAUAAGAUUAAUGGUAAUCUAUGCUGGACAACGUGGUAUCUAACCACGGGAUUUUGAGUUAUUUCUCUCUCAUAGUGUCCAAAAGUGUUUCUGUUUUUCCGAUUUCCCAUUGUGACAUGUUGUCAAGAGACAGAAUUUCACGCAGUCCCGAUUAUUCCGAUUUUUACAACUUCGAGAACCGAUAGAUGUAUAAUUAGUUUUUAAAACUUACGCAAAAUGCGGUGGAUUCUAGGUGGCAUCGCAGUACAUUGAGUUUUUGCCCUGUGUCCGUUCAAGGACACUAGAAUCCACGGAGGAUGGUAGUGUAGUAAGCGUAAUAUAUCUUUUAUUGUAAGUGUA